GCAGAUAAUCGCACUGGCUCACAGAAACUAAGUUCUAGCCCCACGACGCCGGUCACAAAAAGCAUCCUUAUCGGGAAGUCGGCCCCAUGGCAUCCAUAUUCCACACCAUCUACGAGUCAAAAGACUCCACAUACUCGACACGGAACUUCUAUGCCGAAUACCCGAGUCUUGAGGAUAUCCAGAUUGAGCCCUGCCAGUUUAAACCCACCAAAUUGUCCGAGUCGUUGGCCACCAUCUCCAAUCUCUGCUACGACGGCUUCAAGGAUAUCGACGAUAUGCCGCAAAAAUUGACAAAGCUCAGAAACACCAUCAUGGAGCUGAUGAUCUACUGUAUCAGGAUCGAGCGCAGUGCCUACCAUGAGUACAUCCAGGCGUUAGCCCGGAAGACCAAUCUUUUCAUGGAAAGAAUCGUGUUGAAAGUGCUCCAGGCGUGCCAGGAUUCCGAGAGCCCGGCAAGCUGUUUUCAUCUCGUCAAGGCAAUCCACGAUGUUGUGUUGCUUAUGUACUCGUUCACGAACCCGCUCAAAAUCCCGGACUUGCUCUCGGGCAUCUCAUCCGUGUCCACCGAGGCACUUGUGUCGGCAUUCAAGGUGGAAGAUAUAUUUGAGGCCACCAAGGAAUUGCAUGCUUUCAUAUUGUGCUACCCGCUCCUCCAUGAUGUGGACAUGGAGAAGCCCGUGCCGUGUUCCUCCAGUGACAACAACACGCCCAAAAAGCUCUUCAAGGGCGAGGCCGCCGAAAUCUUGGACUACCUUGCCAAAAUCAACUUGGUCGUCAUCAACAACACCGUGCCCACCGCCAGCCUCUUCCGAUAUUUUGAGAGUAUGCUUGCGUCAGACAAGUUCUCGCUUCUCGAGCUCGAGUACUUUGAGGAGUUUUUGUCACAUUUCGCCCGCGUCAGCAAGUUCUGUCAGCUGCAGCAGAAUACGGCCCUUUUUGACCGACAGAAGGAGGAGCUCCAUUCGCCGUUUUUCCAGAUGAUCCAACUCAACCCGUUCAACAAGCUGGACUGGUGCACGCCGCUCCAGGCUGUCAACUAUCUUCAGAUCUUCGUCGACUUGUACAACGAAAUCUACAACGAACGCCUUAUUCUCGAGCGCUGGUACAACAACGAGACAGGGCACGAGGCCACGGUGGUGAGACGAAUCGUGGACGAGCAAGUGGCGCAGGCAUGUGACUGCCCGCAAGACCACCCGUCACCAGCCACGCCGGAAUUCGUGAAUUUCUUCUCGCAGUCGGUGAUUCAACAAUCGGAAUCCACACCUGACACGGUGGCCGUGGAAAGUUCCGUGGACUACAAUGGCAAGCUCGUCCACCUGCGUCCACCCGGCGGGCAGCUCUGUGGCAGACUGCCCAACAUUCAGAGUCCGCUCCCAAAAUCGCACAAGAUUUUCCAGUUGAAUGAGCAGGUGGCCUACGAACUACGAGACUUCAGGUCGCUGAUCGAGGAGAGGUACCGCGUGAACAAGGUGUCGUUCAAGGAACACAAGUGCUUGAAGUGCAAAUACCUUCCUUGGCACAAGCACGUGUACGGAUGA